AUGGAGUCAGGACAGCUAAGACAAAACAGUACUAACAUCCUGUUUUGCAGCUUAGACAAGACUGUACUAGCAUUUUGUUUUGCAGCCUUUGUAGAAAUGAUUCUGCAUAAUGUCCUAAUGCUCUUGUUAAAUCAAACCCUCUCCGAGGCUGAGAAACAUGGGGUCCUGGCCACCACUGAAAAAUAUGGGGACGAACAGCAACUUCAUUACCAGGGCAUGGGGUAUGGAGAAAUAGCACACCCUUUUUAUCGAUUGCUCAGGGACACCCGGACAGCCGGUACCCACCUAUUAAUGUGGAACCCAGAGUCAGGAAAAGCUUUUAAACACCUCAAGGGGGCCUUGCUCAGUGCCCCAGCUUUAAGUCUUCUUAUCAGGAGGGCUAACAACUUGUAUGUGACGAAAAGAAAGGGAAUGGCCUUGGGUAUCCUAACCCAGGCAGUGGUGGCCCUUUUGGAAGAGGAUCUUACCAUACACACCCCCCAUAAAAUUCAAGGUCUCCUGUCAACCGAUGGCAAUCACUGGCUCACAGACAGCUGCCUUCUGUGGUACCAGGAACUAUUAGAGGGUCCAGUCAUGCAAAUAAAAACCUACCAACCUACCAGGGACCCUCAGACCUCUGGGGAUGGUACCCUGGCAGCGCCCCUGAUUGGCAAGAAGCAGGUUUAUGGAGCAGUGAUGAACAUGAAUCGUGGGAAUCCCUUUCAAAAGGAAGUGGUAGUGGAUUCAUGGCCAGACUUCAAAGCUGUUAUCACACGGCGACAGAAAGAGGCUGAGACAGAUAACCUGGACCAUUAUACUAAUGCCUAUGCUGUGUUCUACACGGAUGUCACAGCUUACCAACGGCUGUUGGAAGAACAUGAUGUUAUCAACUGGGAUCAAGUUUUUCAAAUACAAGGGCUGCAGAGUGAAUUAUGUGAUGUUUCCAGUGCUGUUGCCAACUCAAAGCAGUUAGGUAUAAAGUUAACUUCCUUCAAGGCUGUUCAAUUUUCUCCUCAUUCAGCUCUACCGGACACCAAUUCUCUAAAGGGUUCUUCCCCACGACUAACUUACCUGAGUGUUGCUGAUGCUGAUCUACUCAACAGGACUUGGUCACGGGGCGGCAAUGAACAGUGUCUCCGUUACAUCGCGAAACUCAUCUCUUGCUUCCCCAGUGUAUGUGUCCGUGAUGCCAAGGGAAACCCGGUCUCUUGGUCUCUCACAGACCAGUUUGCCACCAUGUGCCAUGGAUAUUCCCUGCCAGAGCAUCGCAGGAAAGGCUAUAGCCAGCUGGUGGCCCUCACACUGGCCGGGAAGUUGCGGAGCCGGGGAUUCCCCUGUCAGGGCAAUGUCCUGGAUGACAACAUGGCAUCCAUAAGCCUCCUGAAGAAUGUCCGCGCUGAGUUCUUGCCUUGUCGCUUUCAUAGGCUUAUUCUCACCCCUGCAGCUUUCUCUGGCUAA